AUGUCUACCCUCGCAUUGUCCCCUCUAGGCGUACAGCCUUUGGCGCCACUGGCUCAGCCCGGUCUUCGAGCCCUGCGCCAAACCAAGAUGAGCAAGAUAAAUAGAAUGAAUGCCAUACCUCGCUCUACCCCUCUCAAAUGUUCGAUUGUCUAUAACUCAGAUGAGGAAAAUAUGGCCCCCACCUCCAAGCUCGACUCCACGAAGCGUAAGCGUACUGCUGAGGAUGAUGAACAACUCUACGAGUCCCCCAAGGCUUUGAAGACCGAUCAUGUCCCUUCGGCCGUCACGCUGGACAGCAAGCGUAUUGAGGCUUCAACCCCUCGUAAAAUCAAAGUAGCCAUUGGAAAACCCGCUGGCCGCUCACCAGUAACCAAGCCCCUCAAAGCUUUUGGUCGUCGUUCACAGCGUGACUCGACCAUCAAGCGUCCCUCUUUCGUGCCAUCAUACCGGCCGAGCACAAGCAAACUACAACCCAAGCGUCAGCCCACCCAACCUGCUGGCUGGGCCUUUGAUAUCCAUGUUGAUACCCCCGAAGAGGAGGCUACCAACACCAUGCAGCACUUUGCGGGUCGUCUUGACAUCAGCGAUGACGAGGUCGCCGCCAAGGUUGACGACCGCGGCAAAGAAAACAUUCCUCCUCAUGAGCUUGGCAUUGUGAUGCCAUCUACUCCUCAGCCAUCUGUCUCUACUUCUCAUGAGCGCAAAAAUAUGAUGGCGCUUUCACGCUCCCCACUAGGUGAAUUGAAAGCAUCUGACUACUUCCCUAAGGAUUUGAAAGAUGUUUUCCACACCGCUAUUCUCGAUGAAGAACCUGUGAAAUCUAUUUCCAAGAUCCCAAGUUCUACGACUGUGUCAAACUCCUUAGAAUUCACUGAACCAGAAAUUACCAGCUCUGACUUUGCCAAUACCAAAGCUGAAAUUGCUCUUGCGGUUGGGCUCUGCAGCGUUACCGAAACCCCUCUUUAG